AUGGAACAAUGUUUGAGAAUUCGAGUUGUUAUGGGUUUAGACAGGAUCAGUGAGUUUCCUGAAGAGUUGCUUCUAAAGAUAUUGUCUUUUCUUCCAACAAAAGAUGUCAUAGCCACGACUGUAUUGUCGAAACGAUGGAGGUCUCUUUGGAAGUUGGUACCAAAGCUCGAGUUCGAAUCUGAGAAUGAGGAGGAUAUAGCUAAAUUUGCAGAGAAAGUUGGCAGGUGUUUGCUUUCACACAAAGCUCCGGUUUUGGAGAGUUUGCAUCUCAAAGUUACUGAUGAGCAUGAAGAAACCAUAUGUGGUAUAAAUGUUGGAUUAUGGGUUGGAAUUGCGGUUGCACGCCAUGUGCGUGAGUUGGUGCUCGAUCUUUCUUUGUUUAAAAAUUCACUCAGAUUCCCAACUGUUGCUCUUUUUUGUGAUACACUUGAGGCCUUGAAACUCAAGUACUCGGUUCUUGUAGAUGUUCCUUCUCCAGUUUAUAUGAAGUCCCUCAGAACCUUGCACCUUGAUUCUGUGAAAUUCAAAGACAAUGACUCUAUUCAUAACUUUAUAUCUAGCUGUCCUAAUCUUGAAGAUUUGCUCAUACAUCGAGUUACCCUUAAGAAGGUGCUGAUUAUUGAAGCGCCAUCUUUAAAGAGACUAUCGAUUUCCGGUAAAAUUGGUGGCAAAGAAGAGGCUGGGGGAUAUGUGAUCAGCGCUCGGUCUUUGAAAUACUUGAAUAUUAGAAGGCUUUAUAACUGUAGGUGUUGUCUGAUUGAGAAUGCGCGAGUGUUAGUCAAGGCAACUGUUAGUAACGUUUCUUAUAUCGUUAAUGAGAAUAUUUUGGGAUCUCUCAAGUUAGCCAGACGUCUUUCCUUGGACUUGUCACCUUUGGAGAUUAAGUGUCCUACCAGAACUAGGUUUUAUAAUCUGGUAUAUCUAGAGAUGUCUACAAUUGAAGCGGAGUGGUGGAAUCUACUUAAGCUCAUGCUCGAAAGCUCUCCUCAACUACAAGUCCUUAAGCUUAUUGAUGAUGCAAGCAAAGAUGAUGAGGUUAGCGGGCAAUGGAGCGAGCCAAAGUACAUUCCUGAAUGUUUGUCUUGUUACCUGGAGACAUUUGUGUGGAUAAGAUACGAUUGGGAAAGAGAAGAAGAGAAAGAAGUGGCAAAGUACAUUCUAAGGAACGCAACAUUUUUGAAAAAGGCAACUUUCUCCACAAGACCCGUUGAACACCAAAAGAGUCUCCAGAUGCUCAACGAGUUAAAUAGUGUUGUCAGUAGUGCUUCAAAUUCAUGCCACAUUUUGUUUGAAUGA